GACUGUAAACUACUGUAACUUUAUGUGGAAGUGAAUGAGGAAAAUGAUGAAAAAUGGUUCAAUAUUGUUUUACUGACACUUUAAAACAAGAUUUACAUAAUUAUGAAACAUAUUUGGCUUGGGGAAUAUUUGGAAUUGGAAAGCUCUAAUUCCUCACAGGUUCUAUGUAGUAAAACAAAUGUGAAACUGAAGUCUUAGAAACAAAUUUGUAUUGACUGUUUUCAUACUAAAAAGAAAAAGAUGACAACAAUAAAUGGAGAGUACACACCAAGUCCAACCCCAAAACCUCAUCCUAGGGUCACAGCCGAAGCAGCAUCUUAUGCCGAUAGAAAUCGGGGAAAUAUGGAAAAAUGGUUUGAUUAUAGUGGAACUGAUUCCUAUCAAUCCCCUAGGCCUGCUGGUCGAACAGUUACCGAGGAGGGACGUAGAAAUGCUGAGCAGAACAAAGGUUCUAUGUCAAACAUAAUGGGCGGAUACGCAGACCCUCCCUUACAAAGAACUGUUCAUCCACGCGCAGUCAAAGGAGAUGGUUCAGAAAUAGCCAAUCAAAGUAAAGGUGGUGCUAUGAAAGAGUUAAUGGACAAUUACGGACAUUUAUCACUGGAUGAAAAACCUGUUCAUAAAGUUCAUGGCCAUGAUGCGGAGGAGUAUGCUGAAAGAAAUCAUGGUACAAUGGAUAAACUAAUGAACAAUUAUGGACAGUUGAGUCCUGAACAACCUCCACCUCAGAAAGUGAGUUACGGAGGUGAAGAAGUUGCGGAAAAAUACAGAGGGGCAGGAAUGGGACCAUUGCUACGUAUGGAAGGACAGAAGACACCUCAAGAACCAAAGAUAGGAAAACUGCACCAGACCUCGGAAGGCCCGGGAUGGGAUGAAGACCCUCCAGCUGUCAGAACAAGGCCAGAAGCCGAGGCUAUAGCAGACAAACAGCAGUCAGAAUUUGUCGGUAACUUAAUGAGGGGAGAGGUGAACCCACCAACUGUGAGAGAACCCAAACUUGGACCACAAAUGCAAGAAUCUGUUACUCCACGACCACAGACCAGCCCAUUACGCACUCGACCAGAGGCAAGGCAAAACUACAACAAGAACCAAUCUUCUGAAAUGUCGGCCAUUAUGCAUGGUGAUACUGUGAAUGCUACACCAACUAGGAAAAGUAACAGAAUGAUGAUGAAGUCGGAAGAUUGGUAGCCUAUCAGAAUCUUAGAUCUGGUCAUAUGACCUCUUAAUUAGCCAAUCAGAUGUUAUAUUGUCAAAUUUUGAAGAAGAAAAAAGAGAGUAUACGGAAACUUUUUAGUCACAAGUUUAACCAAUUUUUUAGCUCAUCUGAUUUUUUGAAAAAAAAUGAUGAGUUAUUGUCAUCACUUGAGCGGUUGUUGGCGUCGGCGUCGGCGUCUGCGUCGGCGUUGCCUGGUUAAGUUUUAUGUUUAGGUCAGCUUUUCUCCUAAACUAUCAAAGCUAUUGCUUUGAAACUUGGAAUACUUGUUCACCAUCAUAAGCUGACCCUGUAUAGCAAGAAACAUAACUCCAUCUUGCUUUUUGCAAGAUUUAUGGCCCCUUUUGUACUUAGAAAAUAUCAGAUUUCUUGGUUAAGUUUUAUGUUUAGGUCAACUUUUCUCCCAAACUGUCAAAGCUAUUGCUUUGAAACUUGGAAUACUUGUUCACCAUCAUAAGCUGACCCUGUACAGCAAGAAACAUAACUCCAUCUUGCUUUUUGCAAGAUUUAUUGCCCCUUUUGGACUUAGAAAAUCAGUUUUCUUGGUUAAGUUUUAUGUUUAGGUCAGCUUUUAUCCUAAACUAUCAAAGGUAUUGCUUUAAAACUUGCAACACUUGUUCACCAUCAUAAGUUGACCCUGUACAGCAAGAAACAUAACUCCAUCCUGCUUUUUGCAAGAUUUAUGGCCCCUUUUGGACUUAGAAAAUAUCAGAUUUCUUGGUUAAGUUUUAUGUUUAGGUCAACUUUUUUUCAUAAACUAUCAAAGCUAUUGCUUUGAAACUUGCAACACUUGUUCACCAUCAUAAGCUGACCCUGUACAGCAAGCAGCGUAACUCCAUCCUGAUUUUUGCAAUAAUUAUUGCCCCUUUUGGACUUAGAAAAUCAUUUUCUU